AUGCCCGGCUUCACCUGCUGCGUCCCGGGGUGUUACAGUAACUCGCACCGAGACAAAGGCUUGCACUUUUACACGUUCCCGAAGGAUCCGGAACUUAGACGGUUGUGGCUGAAGAAUGUGUCCAGGGCCGGUGUCACGGGCUGCUUCAACACUUUCCAGCCCACGAACGGGCAUCGGGUUUGCAGCCUUCACUUUCAUGGAGGGCGCAAGUCCUACAGCAUCAAGGUGCCCACCAUUUUCCCGCUGAGAGGGGUGAACGAGAGGAAGGUGCGCAGAAGCAAUGCAGGGGACAGGGGCAAGAAGAGGCAGCAGCCCCAUUAUUCGUCGUCUGCCACCACCGUGCUUGUGACGGGACUGCCCGGGCAGGACGAGCAGGAGGUGCUGGAGUUGACAGCUGGAAGUGCUGAGAUGGUUUUGCUUGGGGCAACAGCUGGCAUGGGGGCAACCAUGUCUGGGGUUGGGGCAUCAGCUGUGAUGGGGGAUGCCAUGGAUGCCAUGGGGGCAGCUCAAGGAGGUGGAGGAACGGUGGCAGCCGAACCAAAUCCAGUUAACCUCACGGUCAAGUUAGAUGCUGGAGAAGGACUAGGCACCCACUUCUCUUCCCCAAACCCCCAGGAUUCCCACCAGCAGAUCCAGGUGGUGGUGGUUGGAGAGGAGACCUACCCCAUCCCAGAUUGUUGCCCUUCUCCCCUCUUCACAGACCAUUCCUACUCUAUGUCUUCCGGAACCACCACAGAGGAGCUUCUGAGAAAGCUCAACGAGCAGAGGGACAUCAUAGCGCUAAUGGAGGUCAAGAUGAAGGAGAUGAAGUCCAACAUCAGGCAUCUGCGCAUCACCGAGGUCAAGCUAAGGGAGGAGAUACGCCAGAAAGACAAAGUCCUGUCUAUGGCGGCGGCCAAGAAAAAAACAGAGGGACAUUUAUAGGAUUGGAGUUAAACAAAUUGGGCUAUAGAUAGUUGAUGAAAGAAUUCAAGAGUUCAGUCUUUGCCGAUUGACUUUUUUUUGUCUCCAUUGAACAGACUUUAAUAUGUAUGCACAAACACGAGGCAAAGGAAAAAAGAAACUUUAUAUUUUAUAAACCUGUUUUUUUUUGUGUGUUCCCCCAAAAGGUGGGGGCGUUGGGGGGGGUUGCAAGAACAUGACUUUCUACAAUUGUAGCCAAUCAAAAAAUAUGUUAUUUGGGUCAAGUCUGUGGUCAAGAAUUGCGUUGUGUGUUGGUAACCAAAAUAACCAAAUUAAUAGCCGAUGGAGACAAUACAUAUUGGAAGUCA